AUAAGGUCCAAACAAAUACUUCUCCAUUUUUAUUGACUGAAUCAAAUAUUGAUCGUUGAAGAUUCAACCCUCCAAACUUAUAAAUUGGCAAGAAGCAGAUAGCAAUUUUCAUCACUUACAAAACUGCAAUCCAAAAAGAUAAACCAAUAACAAGAAUAUGGCGAUUACACGUGUUGCUCUCUGCCUUAGCUUUGCAUUCCUCUUCUAUGCUGCUAGAGGAGCCACGGUAACAUUCACGAAUAGAUGUGGAUACACCGUAUGGCCAGGAACCUUAACCGGAGACCAAAAACCUCAGCUAUCAACAACAGGUUUCGAGUUAGGACCUGGAGCAACGAACUCAGCGGAAAUUCCUUCCCCAUGGUCAGGUCGAUUUUGGGCCCGAACCGGAUGCUCAACCAACAACGGACAGUUUACUUGUGCCACUGCCGAUUGUGCAUCUGGUCAAGUUGCAUGCAAUGGUGCUGGCGCAAUCCCACCAGCAACUUUGGUUGAAAUUACAGUGGCAUCAAAUGGAGGACAAGAUUUCUACGAUGUGAGCAACGUUGACGGUUUCAACGUGCCAAUGUCCGUAACUCCACAAGGCGGAAGUGGCGAUUGCAAAUCCUCUAGCUGUCCAGCAAACAUCAACUCUGUGUGUCCCGCGGAGCUUCAAUUAAAAGGUUCUGAUGGAAGUGUCGUUGCUUGUAAGAGUGCUUGUUUGGCUUUUAAUACCGAUCAAUAUUGUUGUCGUGGAAGUUUCAACACCGAGGCAACAUGUCCACCCACAAACUACUCCGAGAUAUUUGAGAACCAAUGUCCAGAAGCUUAUAGCUAUGCUUACGAUGAUAAGAGCAGCACUUUCACUUGCUCAAAUGGACCUAACUAUGCCAUCACAUUCUGUCCUUGAUUGGACUACUACCUUCUAAAUACAGUUAUGUCUCUAUUUAAAAUAAAAUAGGUGGUGAGAAACACACAAACCCUAAACAUAUGUAAUAUAAAUAUGAACCAUAAAUAAGUAUAAAAUAUCAUGUGUAUGUUUUCGAUUACUACACGGAUGAUAUUUUUCAUAAAUUAUUGUAUUGUGUUUUUUUUUAAAGAAUAAAUUAUUGUAUUGGUGAAUA